CUGCUGCUGCUGUCACCCCUAAUGACUUGUAUCUUUCCAAGGGUUCUACAACAUUGCUACCCGGUGGAGCUGCUGAUCGUCCUCUAUCACCCGCUGCCGAGCACUUCAUUGAGGCGUUUGAGGCUAUUCCCCCCUCCGAGCUGGCCUCUAAGGUAAACAACAACGUAGCUCAAGUUGCUGCAGCU